AUGUUCGAAAUUAAUCCCGAGUUUGCGAUAGCCUAUUCCAAAUUCGUAACUAUUUUGGUGUGCUCAUGGCCCCCCUAUAAAGACGUCAGCAUGUGCCAAAAAGCAUUGUUCACUAUUAAAUGGUGGAUUUCGUGGCUGUUAGGAAUGUGUCUAGUGAUUCCUCUGGUCUACGCCGCGUACAUUGACCGAAAAAACGUACUUGAGUUUACAAAAUCUCUCUGCUUAGCGGUGGCUUGCUUUCAGUGCAUGAUUAAAAUGCUCCUGUGCAAAUUUCAGCAUCAACGAUUUCAGUAUUUGCUAGAAGAAAUGGAGACUUACGUAAAAAGUGCAGCUUCUUACGAAAGAGAAACCUUUUUGGGUUACAUUAGAGAUUGUGGGAUGGUGCACGUUACUUUGAACGUUUUCGCACUGUUAGGAAGCGUCGGAGUUAUCCUGGGUCCUGCGAUUCUGCCUCAGAAAUUUCCGACGGACGCCAAGUAUCCGUUUGCUGUGACUAACCAUCCGAUUUAUGACAUUGUCUACUUCGAUCAGGCGUACGCAGGAAUUCUCUGCUCAUCUAUUACCGCGAUUGACUGCCAAUUGGCGAUGCUCCUUUGGUAUUCCGUCGCAAGACUGGAGAUCCUUGGCCUGGAAAUGAAGAAAAUAGAUUGCAACAAACAGCUUUACAAGUGCAUUCGUAAACAUCAAUUUUUGCUCAGGUUCAUUGGAGAAGUUAUCAGCGCAGGAAAGUAUAUAGUAGCAACCACGGUGAUAAUGACGACAUUGGCCGUAAUUUUAGGAGGCGUUCAUAUUGUCGGGAACCAACCGACCGUUGUCAAGCUUCAGUUUGUGGUUGUCGUUGGAGGGCUCUCUAUGCUUCUGUAUGUCACCGCGUGGCCAUCGGAAAUGCUCGUAAGAAUGAGUGAGAAAAUCGGAUGGGAAAUUUACUGCUCUCAGUGGUUGAAAAAUUCAAAAAAGCUAAAUCAGUCAAUUGAAAUGAUCAUACAACGAUCGAACAAACCUUUAACCAUAUCUGUCACUGGAGUUGUUCCAUCUCUUUCAUUAAACUACUAUGCUACGUUCCUCUCCAAAUCUUUGUCCUAUUUUACGACACUUAGAGUCAUGUUGGCUAAAAUAGAAAACGAUUGA